CAGCGCUGCAUCAUCACUACUGCCACUACAGCAGAGAGGAGAGGCAGUUUACUGGCUGCCUGGCUGAUCUCUCCCUCUCUCCCCUCCCCUCCCUCUCUCUCUCUGCCUCUCUUAAACACACACACACAGAGUCACGCAUACACACUCUCUCACUCUCUCACUUUACAUGCUCACACACAUACACACUCUGGAAGUCAGUUGGCUGCUUCUGAGCCGUAGGAGCUUCACAGUGAGGAGAUCCUGGUGCCAUUAUCCAUCACCUCUGGAUGUUCGCCUGCCUGCACUCGUCUGUCUUCAGGACUCUUCCUGCUCGAGACACUCUAUGUGUGUGUGUGUGUGUGUGUGUGUGCGUGUGUGUGUCUGUCAUCAUGUGUGUGGCUUAAUCUUAUGUCGACGGACUAUGAAGGUGGCCUCUUCAAGACUGCUUGCUUGAACUCUCUUGCUGUUGUUUGCUGAGACAGCUGUCACUGCCAGCAUGGAGGAGUGUUAAGAUCAGAGCUGCCAGGAAUUUCGGCAUUGUUUUUCCCUCCCUUUUCCUUUGCUGGCACUUAAGGAGCAAAAGUGGAUGCCUGCAAUUUUUUGGUGGCCGCAUGCCGAAGCAGAGUGCUUACCUCAGGAUUUACAGUCAAGGAGGGGGGGUAUGACAAACAACUGUGAGGGGAGGAUGGUUUGCACUGCAGCAUCAGACUGGCAUCUCUUGUUCUAUGUUGGGGGUUUUUUUUGCCUCUCGAGGUUACACACAUGUGAGCGGCAGCAGAGCCUGGCUGCGUUUUACGCACACCGAUGGAUUACUGCUACUCUAAGGACAGACUGAGGGAGAAAAGAUGCUGAUUUAAGAAUAGGAGGCCGGUUUUGUUUUUGUAGCAGAAGACGGGACAAGCAACUUUAGAAUCAAAAAAGAGACUUGGAUGACAGGAUGAGGGCUGCGUUGAACUGAAACUGCCACCUACUCCUCCCUCCCCCUUCUAUUCCAAACAUGAACUCUUCCUCCAAUGUGAACCAAAGCGGUUCUCCCCUGUUCUGCCUGCUGGGCACUGUGGGUUACUCCUACAGCCUGGAUACCUGCGUGUUGGAGGUGGUCGUCAUCCUCUUCCUCACCAUGCUCAUCAUCGUCGGUAACCUGAUGGUGAUCUUCGUCUUUCACUGUGCCCCAUUGCUGCACCACCACACCACCAGCCACUUCAUCCAGACAAUGGCCUACGCCGACCUGCUGGUGGGCGUUAGCUGCCUGGUACCCUCGCUGUCCCUCCUCCACUAUCUCCGAGGCCUGAAUGAGGAACUCACUUGCAAGACCUUUGGCUAUAUGGUGUCUGUGCUAAAAAGUGUCUCCAUGGCCUCACUCGCAUGCAUCAGCGUGGACCGCUACAUCGCCAUCACCCGUCCUUUGUCGUACGCCACGCUUGUGACGCCAUGCCGGCUGAGGGUGUGCAUCGUCCUCAUUUGGGUUUACUCCGCUUUGAUCUUCCUGCCGUCCUUCUUCGGCUGGGGGAAGCCGGGUUAUCACGGGGACAUAUUUCAGUGGUGUGCAGACUCCUGGAAGACCAACCCAGGGUUCAGCACUUUCAUCGUGGGGCUACUCUACGCACCAGCAGCGCUCACUGUCUGCUUCACCUACGGGAGUAUAUUCAAAAUCUGCCGGCAGCAUACAAGGGAGAUCACCCAGCGCCACGCUCGCUUCAGCUCACAGACAGAGGGUGAUAAAAGCGAGAGAGGGGAGCGGUGUGAGGGUUGUCCAGACAAACGCUAUGCCAUGGUGCUGUUCCGCAUCACCAGCGUGUUCUACGUGCUGUGGAUGCCAUACAUCCUCUACUUCCUCCUUGAGAGCGCUGGGCUGUAUCACCACAAGGUGGCGUCUUUCCUCACAACAUGGUUGGCAAUUAGCAACAGCUUCUGUAACUGUCUCAUCUACAGCCUCUCAAACAGUGUCUUCCGAAAAGGUCUAGGCCGCCUUUUUAGCCCAUUGUUUCCUUCCUGCCUUGGCUGUACGGAUGCCAAAAAAGCGCCAGCUCCAGCAAGCCCGCGACCAGACCCUCAAUGCCAAGUAUGAGCCCUGGUGAUGAUGGAUUCAGCUGAGUCUCUUUGGCAGUAUUGGCCCUCUGUGUGUGCUUUGCUAUCAGCUGUGUAGCAUGACACCGUUCUUUUUGGUCCUGCAGUGAAAUGUGUUGAGGACCCCCUGCAUAGAGCGCAGAGAGGUGCCUGUGCAGACGACCAUCGGCCAUCUCAGAGGCUGAUUUUGUGGAAAAGGAGGUUGUGAAAUUCCUCCUGGGUCUUUCACUGUGAUGCUGCUCUUUCAAGGAUCACAAGUUGGCAACAUGGAAAGAAGUUUUAUUCUCCUGAAGAAAGUGGACUGUUGGAAUAAAAUUCAUGUCUAUCAGUUCAGAGAAAUUAAUAAGCAGUCUUGCCUGCUCUGACUUAAAAACUCCCAGAUGCAAAAAAAAAUAAAGCACAACGCGCCUUGUGUUGUGUGAUUCACUGUAAU